UUCAUUAUAAGAGUAAUCUCAUUAAAGCAGUUAUUCUGUAAUAUCCAUUUUAUAUAAGAAUUUAAGCAUGAUACGAAUCUAAAAAUAACGUCGCUAUAAUAAUGUCAGUGUGUAGGCUAUAUGAAUGGCUACACGUCAGCGUGAUCUGACAUUCAGUGGACAGAUGGGGAGACUAGGCUACAGAGCUCCUGUCGGUUUCAGGACAUUUUUCACUCUGCACGCAACGCAUUGUUUCAGAUAUCCACGUUUCCAGGUUGGCAACGCAGUCACAAUCGCUUCGUUUUUACUGGAUGUUAAACUCAUCCGUAAGGCAUCGGGACCAACCAGAUCUCUGCCCCCGGAUCCAGGCAACGACGCCACGACUCACUUCUUUUUGAUUGGGUGUUUUACUUGUCCAUGAGCCUGGGCGGCGAAUAAGCUCUGUACCUCGGGAUCCACCAUCGGAAAUGCGUUCACGUUGUGCUGUUCCAGAGUGCUGUGCCAGCCCCGACCCGCCUGUACUCGCUAUCCUUCCCAGCUCUCUAGCCUGCUUCGCCUACAGCGACCGUCAUACUGGCCGCCAGGAAAAGGAAAGACCGUGGCACGGCCGAGAGAGCAACGGUGGCCCAACGGAAGAACAGGCUCUUUCACAAAUGACUGAAGCGAUCAACUGGACCGAAAAAUACAGGAAAUAAUCCUUGAAGCCCGAUUCCCCCCCCCCCCCUAAUUUUGACGACCACCGGGAAUGAAAUUGAGAGCCGCUCUCGUAUCCACCAAUAUUUCAUCCGCCACCGUGGAGCAUAAGGGGGAUACGAGUCUGACUUCUUUUGAUAGCCAUCUUUUACAGACAAAAGGGAGCAGUUAAGUGAUAAAACUUACAAACAGACGGUGCUGCGCUGCCCCCGAUGGCCAAAGCAGGGAAGAUGUGGAGCAGCCUGCGGAGCCGCUGCCACACCCUCCUCCACCUGGACGGCCCCUGCGAGGUCAUGGACGCGGCCUCCUGCGGGGUGGACCUGGCUCGGGGAGGCUGCUCAGGCGAGCCCCGGGCCUCCAGCCCCCUGCGGAGCCUCUCGCCCCUCACCCCGAUGGUGGUGCCCCGUCGGGGGCACAACUGCGUGACGGAUGGCCCUCAGAUCCUGGAGAUCAUGCUGGACAGGGACGGGGAGGACAUGCGGCGAGGCCCCGGCGGGGUGACCCUUGGCCGGAGGGACUCGUACUCGCGUCACGCCCCCUGGGGGGGCAAGAAGAAGCACUCGUGUUCCACCAAGACCCAGAGCUCUCUGGAGGCCGAGCGGAGGGGGGGACGAGCGUCGCGUGCCGCGGGGAGGAGAGAGAGGCGCUAUGCCGUCAGCUCCAUCCAGGAGAUAGCUGAGCCCGGGGGAGGAGGAGGAGGAGGAAGAGGAGGAGGAGGGGGAGGAGGAGCGGAUAGGGGAGGGGGAGGGGCGGCGGGUCGCAGCCUGAGCGCUCGGUCGCUACGGCAACGUCUCCGGGACACCGUGGGCCUGUGUCUGCCUCUGUCGCCCCGCCGGCGAUCGCGCUCCACCUCCUCCAAGCCCGCCUCGUGCUCGCUCACCUUCUCCACCGUCUCGUCGUCUUCCUCCUCCUCCUCCUCUUCCUCCGCCGGCUCGUCCUGCUCCUCGUCAUCCAAGCGUAAGAUCCACCUGACGGAGCUAAUGCUAGAGACUUGCCCCUUCCCACCGGGCUCGGACCUCGCCAACAAGUGGCACCUGAUCAAGCAGCACACGGCGCCCGUCAGCCCGCAGGCCUCCAGCGCCCUCCUGACCUCCGACCCCGCCGAGGCCGCCACGGGCCACUCCCACGCGGCGCCCGAGGACGAGGAGGAGCGCAUGCGCGAACGUCGGCGAAUCAGCAUCGAGGAAGGUGUCGACCCGCCCCCCAACGCUCAAAUACACACCCUAGACGCGGGGCUUCCUCCCAGCUCCGCCUCUUCCUCAUCCAUCUACAAACUGGGACCAAAGAUGGCUCCAGCCAGCAGCGGCCCGAGCGACGCCAUGACGAGCGCAGAAGUGGGGCGGGUGAACUUAGGAGGGAUGGUCACGUCGGGGAGCGUGCUGGGGGGCCUGGUGGCGCAGGCCCUGUCCGGGCUCUCCGCUUCGUCCUCCUUCUCCCACCCGCCUCCCUCAGAGGACUGCGACUCCGAGGAGGACUCGACCACCCUGUGCCUGCAGGCGCGGAGGCCAAAACAGAGGCACGCGUCCGGGGACGGGCACGCGUCGCGGCAGGGCGGCGGAGGCGCGGGGUCGUCGAGCAGCGGCGGCGCCGGCGGCCCCUGGAAGGUCCACACGCAGAUCGACUACAUCCACUGCCUGGUGCCGGACCUGCUGCGCAUCACGGCGCUGCCCUGCUACUGGGGCGUGAUGGACCGCUACCAGGCCGAGGCGCUGCUGGACGGCCGGCCCGAGGGCACCUUCCUGCUGCGAGACUCGGCCCAGGAGGACUACCUGUUCUCGGUGAGCUUCCGGCGCUACAACCGCUCGCUGCACGCGCGCAUCGAGCAGUGGAACCACAACUUCAGCUUCGACGCGCACGACCCCUGCGUCUUCCACGCCUCCACCGUCACGGGCCUGCUCGAGCACUACAAGGACCCGUCGGCGUGCAUGUUCUUCGAGCCGCUGCUCACCGCGCCGCUGCACCGCACCUUCCCCUUCGGGCUGCAGAGCCUGGCGCGCGCCGCCAUCUGCCAGCGCGUCACCUACGACGGCAUCGCCGCGCUGCCCCUGCCGCCCGCCCUGCAGGACUUCCUCAAGGAGUAUCACUACAAGCAGAAGGUCCGCGUGCGCUGGCUGGAGAGAGAGCUGCCCGUCAGGGGCAAAUGAC